AUGCAGAUUCAGCGAAUAUAUUUCACUUCAAAAUCCAAUUUGAAUCAAUAUCGUGAAGAGAAGAAUGGUAAGUGGGCAAGCAUGCAGUUUUUUUUAAGAAAAAGCAUGUAGUUACACACCUUCAGUUCUGCAUCUGCACCAACCACACCAUUGGUUCUGCCACUACCACUGCUGUUACACUGCAACAACUGUUGCAAACAGAAGCUAAGCUACGCCAGUGAUAUGAUAGGCAGAGUCCGGCACAAAUAAAUCCACCCCCUCCCGCAUCCUUCUCACUUCCAAAAAAUUCAGUUCAGUUCACUUCACUUCAGAAGCAGCAGCUAGCAGCUAGAGAAGAAAAGGAGCGCGCUCCCACGCAUCCACAAGCUCAUCAGCGCCAUGCAGGCCACAACCAUCAAGAAGCUUCUCCUCCUCUUCGUCGCCACGUUCAUGCUGAUCAUCUCCCACGCAUCAUCCCUGCGCUUCCAGUACAUCAACUCUCACAACUUCACCACGAAAACGAGCGCAAGCGCGACGUCGUCGUCCUCUGCUGCUGCUCACCGCAGCCGCAACCCUUCGCUCGCCUUGGUGCACCGCGACGCGAUCACCGGCGCGACGUACCCCUCGCGCCGCCACGCGGUGGUCGACCGCGUCGCCCGAGACAAUGCGCGCGCCGAGUACCUCGUGAGGCGCCUGUCCCCGACGGACUUGGGCUCCGAGGUGGUGUCCGGCCUCGACGAGGGAAGCGGCGAGUACUUCGUCCGCGUCGGCGUCGGCUCGCCGCCCACGGAGCAGUACCUCGUGGUGGACUCCGGCAGCGACGUCAUCUGGGUUCAGUGCAAGCCGUGUCUGCAGUGCUACGCGCAGGCCGACCCGCUGUUCGACCCCGCCUCGUCGACCACCUUCUCCGGCGUGUCGUGCGGGUCGGCCAUCUGCCGGAUGCUCUCCAGCUCCGGGUGCGGCGACGCGGGGAGGUGCCGGUACGAGGUCUCCUACGGGGACGGGUCGUACACCGAGGGCGUGCUCGCGCUCGAGACGCUCACGUUCGGAGGCACGGCGGUGGAGGGCGUCGCCAUCGGCUGCGGCCACCGCAACCGCGGCCUCUUCGUCGGCGCGGCGGGGCUGCUGGGCCUCGGCUGGGGCCCCAUGUCGCUCGUCGGGCAGCUCAGCGGCGCGGCCGGUGGCGCGUUCAGCUACUGCCUCGCGAGCCGCGGCGCCGGGUCCAGCGCCGACGCCGGGUCGCUGAUCCUCGGGCGGAGCGAGGCGGUGCCGGAGGGCGCCGUGUGGGUGCCGCUGGUGCGCAACCCGCAGGCGCCGAGCUUCUACUACGUGGGCCUGUUGGGGAUCGGCGUCGGGGACGAGCGGCUCCCGCUGGAGGCCGGGCUGUUCCAGCUGAGCGACGUCGGCGCCGGCGGCGUGGUGAUGGACACGGGCACGGCGGUGACGCGGCUGCCGCAGGAGGCGUACGCGGCGCUGCGGGACGCGUUCGCGGGCGCCGUGGGCGCGCUCCCGCGCGCGCCGGCCAUGUCGCUGCUGGACACGUGCUACGACCUGAGCGGGUACACGAGCGUGCGGGUGCCCACCGUGUCCUUGUACUUCGACGAGGGCGCGACGCUGACGCUGCCGGCGAGGAACCUGCUGGUGGAGGUGGACGGCGGGAUAUACUGCCUGGCGUUCGCGCCGUCGUCGUCGGGGCUCUCCAUCCUGGGGAACGUUCAGCAGGAAGGGAUCCAGAUCACCGUCGACUCGGCCAACGGCUUCAUUGGCUUCGGGCCCAACACGUGCUAGAUUGGUGUUGGUGUUCCCCCUGCCAUACUGCCAUCCAGCUACUGCAAGCUUACUUUAUGUACUGUAUGCAGGGUUUUCAAUUUCGUUUGACAAAAAAUUUCGGACUGGGCCGAAAUCAGCGAAUUUCGCGAAAUUUCGACAGAAAUUUAUUUUUAGAUUAUUUUUAAAAAUACUUUUAAAUAUAUUUAAAUUAUUAUUUUCAAAAUUUUCAAAUUUCGGAGGGGGCCGAAAUCAGCAAAUUUCGCGAAAUUUUGCUGAAAUUUUGAACACUGACUGUAUGUACUCGCCGAGCAGCGUACUGUGCCUGCUAAAACGUAGGCAUACGGAAUGAGUGUAUCGUACCGUGUGUAUAAAUUAGUUA